AGUCAGUAACGUGAACGUUGGGUGGUGGAGUCUGACUGAAGCUGCCAGGAGAAGAAACUACAGCAGGAGGAGAGCAGUCUGUCGGUGUUUUGACAGAAAAUUCCCUUUAAAAUGGCGUAUCACAGUCCGUACAAAGCUCCACCGCAUAUCAACGCUCCCCCGGACCAGGGCUUCCUGUGGAAUAUCUUCCAGAGGGUCGACAAGGACCGAAGUGGAGUGAUAUCAGACUCAGAGCUUCAGCAGGCCUUAUCAAAUGGCACAUGGACUCCUUUCAACCCAGUGACGGUACGCUCCAUCAUAUCCAUGUUUGACAGGGAAAAUAAAGGCGGGGUUAACUUCAACGAAUUCGCCGGAGUGUGGAAGUACAUCACAGACUGGCAGAACAUCUUCAGAACCUACGACAGGGACAACUCUGGCUUCAUCGACAAGAACGAGCUCAGACAGGCACUGACAGGAUUCGGGUAUCGUCUAUCAGAUCAGUUCUACGGCACGCUGAUAGAGAAGUUUGAUCGCCAGAGGAAGGGACAGGUCGCCUUUGAUGACUUCAUCCAGUGUUGUAUUGUACUACAGAGGUUGACUGAUGUGUUUAGGCGAUAUGACACGGACCAAGAUGGUUGGAUCCAGGUUUCAUAUGAACAGUAUCUUUCCAUGGUCUUCAAUAUAGUAUAACGCACACAAAUCACCACAGAAGAGCACAACUGGACACAACUGUGCCAAAGCUACAGGCACCUCCUGGAUGUCUGCCAUGGAGGACACUACAAGAUUUUUUUAACCCCAUUUGUAGCCCCAGUCGGGCUGUUUCACACAAAUUUAUAAAGAAUAAUAAAAGAAAACUGAAAGGAACCUCAAGGUUUGAGGCUUUAAUACCCUCUCAAUGACAGUUUUUGUCAUUAAUACAACAAUUAUGCUUGCUAUGUGUUUUAAAAAAAUCUUGUAGUGUUUUUUUUUGUUUUGUUUUGGAUGACCAAACUGAGCUAAGUCUGUACGUGUGGAUUGGGAAUAAUAUGGACACAAUCUGUCUUUUUGUCUGUCUGUUAUUGUCAAGAAACUUUUUAAUGUCUUAACUUUAAUUGAUACAGUUGAAAAAAUCUCUGAUGAGAGUAAAAUGAUGCAUUGUAAAUAUGAUUUAAGAUGCUUUGCAUGCUUUUCAGGGAAAUUAAGCCCCACGUUGAAGCAUGCUUUCCCUCUCUCUCUUGUCUUAUCCUCAGCCCUAUUUUGCUCAAAGCCAUGUUUACAAAACAGUGAAAGCAGGUACAUUUCUGCUUCGAGAUUCACUGACAUGCCAGCUUACAUGCCAUAUUUGUAUGAACUUAUUUUUAAAAAGAAAAUCUUCCAAUGUUAGGACAUAUAAUUUUUGGUAGAGGGUAAACAUAAUGCCUUUAGUAUGGCUUAUUUUUUGUGCAUGAUGCCUUAAAAUGUGUAAAAACAACACAAAGAAGGAAAAAUCUUUUAUUAAAAAACUGUAAAUCCAA